AUAAUGCACUCGGAAGGUCGUGGAUCUUGGCUGUAGCCAAAGCAACUAGCAACAAGAACCCAAAAAGAGAUUGCCACUUGUCACUUGUUGUUUGUGUGUUGUGGUUGUUGUCUCUGUACGACUGAGCUACCUAUAGGAAACCAAGCCUACUACAUUGUAAUGAAAGAGGAAAUUGUCUCACAAAACUAAUAAACAACAUAAAAAAUCAAAAGAAAAAACCAAACAAAAUUCAAAACAGGAAAAUGUCUCGGAAUCAUCAAGCCACUCGAGAUCGGAUCUUUCGUCGACUGGCCCAGUCUCUUUUGUGGAUCGUCUCUACGAUUUGCCUGCUAACAUGCCCGCACUCCAAAGUGGAAGAAUCCUUCAAUUUACAAGCGACUCAUGACUUGAUAUACCAUGGAGUGACACCGGCUGUGCUCAUGAGUACCAGUUCCUUGUGGUACAAUGAAACUACCGCCAAGGCUCCUCUCCCAGAACUGCCCUACGAUCAUUUAUCGUAUCCAGGUGUCGUCCCACGAACCUUUACGGGGCCUCUGAUACUCGGUUGGAUUUUCCAAGUCGUCUUUCGAUUGCCCCUCUUGUGGCUCUCGGUGGAUUUAUUGGACUAUCCCUUGACGGUCCAAUUCUUGGUACGAUUCAUUCUCAUGGCCGCCACACUCCUCUCGUGGUCCCAAUUGGCCCGUGCCGUCGAUCGACGCUGUCUAAAUACGACAACAACAACACUACAACAACAACCGCCAUUUUCUCCCACUGGAACCUACCUAUUGCUCGUGACAGCCUGUCAAUUCCACAUGCCCUUUUAUGCGAGUCGCAUGCUACCCAAUGUGUUUGCACUGCUGGUGACACUACAAGCCUUUCGAGCAUGGCUCCAGAAUCAAUCGGCACUGGCGGCCGCUCUGUUGGUCUUUGGAACGGCCGUCUUUCGAUGUGACUGCCUCUUGUUACUCUUUACCGUUGGAUUGUCUCUGCUCAUUACCCAAAAGUUAUCCCUACUCCAAGCACUGCAAAUUGGCAUUGCGACGGGUAUUCUCAGUUUGGCACUCACCGUUCCAUUGGAUAGUGCCAUGUGGCAACGUUGGGUCUGGCCCGAAGGAGAAGUCUUGUAUUACAAUACCAUUCUCGGUAAAUCCAGUGAUUGGGGAACAUCACCGUGGUACUGGUACGCCACCAGUGCCUUGCCCAAACUACUAUUGGCGGGUGUCGUCUGGAUCAGUUGUGCCUUUUUGGCACUCCCCGAAGCCAUUGUGGCAUGGUGGCAAUCCUCUCAACGACAAUCCACACUUUUGUUAAUGGAUACCACAUGGUGGGAGUACUUGCUUCCGGCCUUUGGAUUUGUCGGAUUGUAUUCUUGUCUGGGACACAAGGAAGUGAGAUUUCUCUUUCCCGUCAUGCCACUCUUCAAUUUGGCCGUCGCCGUUGGCAUGGCACGAUUUCACAAACUCGUCUUUCCACCCAAAGACAAGCGCGUAUCCAAACUGGCCCAACUGGGAUUGGCGGCUUGUUUUGCCACGUUAGUUUUAUCGUUGCUGGCGUCCAUGGCAUUUGUCGCCGUUUCACAACAAAAUUAUCCCGGAGGAGAUGCCCUGUUGCGACUGGAACGGCAUUUGCAGGAAUAUCAACAAGAACAAGGAUUGGUCCCCCACGAACCACGCGUUCGCGUCUAUGUCGAUGUGCCAGCGGCCAUGUCGGGAAUUAGUCUGUUUGGACAACGACAAGCGAAUUUUACGACUGGCGAUCUGGAAUGGGAAUUCACCAAAGCUGGCUACGAGGAUGAGCAUGCGCUAAAAGAAGACUAUUAUGAAUACUCGGCAUCCUUUACACACAUUAUUGCAGAACCAGACAGAGGGAAUAACGACGACAAGCGAAAGAUUUCGACAAAUGCAUUCACAUUGGUGGAUGUUAUUCCAGGCAAACCACGGAUGGACUGGAAACGAGGGCGGAUUGCAACCGAGGAUGCCAUGUACAUUUGGGAACGAAUAGGAUACUGGCAAGGAAUCCGAGGCUAA